UGCAUUUAGGAACGCGCUAUUAAAUUCUAUUUUUCUGUUUCAAAUUCGUACUUCUCCGUACUAUUGGUUUGGUACAAUUCCUGUAAGCCCUAGUUUAUUAAAUCUGUAUUCUAUCGCGUUAGGAACGCGAUAUUCCAGUAGUAGUCGAUCGAAAACUGCAUAGAGAAGAAGACCAAGGUACAAUGGCUGCUGCAGGAAGCACGAACUCCGGCACAAUUUUUCAAAAACUCGGUUUGAAACCAAUUACGAAAUGCAGUCUCGUUAAAUUUUACGCUCCUGCUUUCGGUGUCGCUUCUUACACCGCAUUAUCCAUCAAUGUAAUGAAUCCAAGUCUUGUCGUCAGGGUGUUUCCAAAAAAAGAUAUUACAAACUUUUUAUUGGGAAGCGCUCUCAUUGGUACUGGAUCGUACAUAUAUACUCGUGAUCAUAUGAGAAAUGCUACUUACGAUGCAAAACUAUUAUAUAGUGCUACUGGAGCUGUCUUAUUGAGCUUUGGAUCUGUGUUAAUCUGGGCAGUAUUGCGAUCUAUGGUACCACCUAAUCCUACUUUGUGUACAAUACUUGGCAUUGGUUCUGGACUUACAUUUAUUAAGAUCGGUUCCAGUUAUCUGGACUUUGUUGAUGGACAAAUACAGAAGAAAUAGAUCAACUAAGUUCUCAUAAUUAAUACAUGAUCAUUGUGUAAUAAAUGCAUCUAAAAAAAAAUUGCAAUAAUAUAUUAUGAAAUGUAAUUGUGUUGAACCAAAGCAAAGAAGAAAUGUAAAGUUCAGUAAGGAGUUCUUAAAUAUCUACAAUUUCUUACUUUUUGUAUGAUCCUUGCUGCAUAAAUAGCAGAAGGUUGAGUGUGAAAUUAUGUUGAACAUAAUUAUAAAUUAUUUCCGUUUUGUCCUGGUCAAUUAUUUAUAAGAUCUGAAAAUUAUUUCAAUGAUGAAUAAGACAAAAGCAAGAGUAUUACAAACAAUGAAUUGAUGACAAACAAUUUCUUGAAACGUGAAAUAUAUCUCACAUUAUAUAUCGAUGUUUAUGAAUUUAUAUAACUUAUAUAUAAAAGGUGUAAAAAAAGACAAGAAAAAUUGCUUAAUGAUUUGUAAAGUCUUUAUAAUAUGAGUGCAUUUCUCAAAACAUAAAAUAUGUUGAAAGUAACUAAUUAGCAGUAGUGGUAGAAAUCUGCAAAUUUCCCAGCAGUUUUAAUAAAUGUUGUAUUAGCAAAAAAAAGUAAAUGACUUUAUAUCACGAAUAGUGAAUAAGUUGUAUUGAUUUCUCAAGCAAACAUAAAUGUAACAUUAAUUUAUUGUUGUGCACGUGCACGUUUUGUCUUUUUGUAAGCAACAUGUUCAGAAUCAAUUUUAAUUAAUGAAAUGUGUAAGCUUAAAAAUGUGUACAGGUUCAUGGAAAACAACACUGUAUCAUUUGUUUAAUAAAGUCCGUUAUUAAACUUAAA